CGUUGGUCUCGCUGGUAGAGCUGUGCGCACACUGUGAGCCCGGGAGAAUCAGGCCAACGGACCGAGAACCGAGCGGACACCCAGCCCGAGCCCGCCAUGCCCACCGUGGAAGAUCUAUACCGCAACUACGGCAUCCUGGCCGACGCCAAGGACGAUGUGAGCCAGGUAUGGAUCGGCUCCGGCCUCACCCGCACUACCCGCUCUAUCCGCCUCCCCCUACACCCGCACCAUCACCAUCACCUCCCCCGCACUACCCGCUCUAUCCGCCUCCCCCUACACCAUCACCUCCCCCGCACUACCCGCUCUAUCCGCCUCCCCUACACCCCGCACCAUCACUCCCCACCCGCCUCAUCACCCUCUACACCCGCACUUUGUCCGCUCAAUCCGCCUCCCCUACACCCCGCACCAUCACCUCCCCGCACUACCCGUACUCUAUCCGCCUCCCCCACCAUCACCCCUCACCGCACUACCACGCUCUAUCCGCCUCCCCUACACCCGCACCAUCCUCACCCGCACUUUCACCCGCUCUAUCCGCCUCCCCUACACCCGCACCAUCACCAUCACCUCCCCGCGCUACCCGCUCUAUCCGCCUUGCCUCCUACACCCGCACUUUAUCCUCCACCCGCCCCCCUCUCCAUCACCCUCUACACCCGCUGUCGCUCAAUCCCUUACUCCCCUACCACCCGCACCAUCACCUCCUGCCCGCACUACCCGCUCUAUCCGCCUCCCCUACACCCGCAUCGCCAUCACCUCCCCGCACUACCCGCUCAUAUCCGCCUCCCCUACACUUACUUGCACUAUCCUCCACCCGCCUCCAUCACCCUCUACACCCGCACUGUCCAUCAAUCACUUACUCCCCUACACCGCACCAUCCACCCCUCACCCGCACUACCCGCUCUAUCCGCCUCCCCCUACACCCGCACCAUCACUAUCACCCGCACUAUCCGCCUCCCCCUACACCCGCACCAUCACCUCCCCCGCUCUAUCCGCCUCCAACAUCAACCUCCAUCUCUCACUCCACCCGCUCUAUCCGCCCCCACCAUCCACCCGCACUAUCCACAUCACUAUCACCCGCACUAUCCGCCUCCACCAUCAACCUCCACCCGCACCAUCCACAUCACCUCCCCCUCCACCCGCCUCCCUCACCCUCUACACCCGCACUACCCGCCUCACUAUCACCAUCACCCGCAUUAUUAACCUCUACCCGCACCAUCUCCCCCUCCACCCGCCUCCAUCCAUCUCCCCCGCCACCCGCACUAUCCGCCUCCACCAUCAACCUCUACCCGCACCAUCCACAUCACCUCCACCCGCUCUAUCCACAUCACUAUCACCUACACCCGCACUAUCCACAUCACUAUCACCUACACCCGCACUAUCCACAUCACUAUCACCUACACCCGCACUAUCCACAUCACUAUCACCUCCACCCGCACUAUCCUCCUCCUCAACCUCCACUCGCACUAUCCGCCUCACCUCCCCCUCACUGCCCAGCUCCCCUCCUCCACCCUCAUUAUCCGGCUCCCCACCACUUCACUCACUAUCUGGCUCCUAAUCACUAACUGACUCCCUCCCUCCCUGCUUGAGUGUUCGUCGCCCAGGUGUCUCCUUCACUCAGGGCGCCAGCCACCCGGUGGUCCCCCUUCACUCAGGGCGCCAGCCGCCCGGUGUCUCCAGCUGCCCGGUGGUCUCCCUCCCGUCGGAUGUCUCCAGCCGCCUGGUGGUCCCCUUCAUCCUGAGUCACCUUGGUUCUCUUCCCCCAACUGACUGUGUUCUGGGUAUUCAGAGUUGCAUGGGUUCUCUUCCCCAGAGUAUCUGUAUCCUGAGUCGCAUGGGUUCUUUUCCCCUGACCGCCUAUAUCCUGAGUCGCAUGGGUUCUUUUCCCCUGACUGCCGGUAUCCUGAGUCGCAUGGGUUCUCUUCCCCUGACUGCCUGUAUCCUGAGUCGAAUGGGUUCUCUUCCCCUGACUGCCGGUAUCCUGAGUCACCUGGGUUCUCUUCCCCCUGACUGCCGGUAUCCUGAGUCACCUGGGUUCUCUUCCCCCUGACUGCCGGUAUCCUGAGUCACCUGGGUUCUCUUCCCCCUGACUGCCGGUAUCCUGAGUCACCUGGGUUCUCUUUGACUGCCUGACUACCUGGAUUCUCUUUCCCUGAUUUUCUAUAUUCUGAAUCACCUUUGUUCUUUUCCCGUGACUGCCUGUUUUCUGUGUGUCCCGGGCGUCCCUUCCAUCUGAGUGUCCCUAUCCUGUUCUUCCGAUAACCUUGAGUGCUCCCCUGGUUUGUUGAGGUGCCAUGUGCUAACCAUCAAGUCACUAAUUUCCUGCGUGAUCCCUGAUUAAUUGUCUCUAAUUGAAGUAAAUGUUUGGGUUUUUUUAGCACAAAAAUGCAUACCAAGUGAUCUUGGAUGGCGUGAAGGGAGGAGCCAAGGAAAAGAGGCUUGCAGCCCAAUUUAUUCCAAAAUUCUUCAAACAUUUCCCUGAGCUUUCUGAUGCAGCUCUUAAUGCACAGCUUGACCUGUGUGAAGAUGAAGAUGUUUCAGUAAGUAAACAAAGUUUUAUUGGGUUGUUAUUCUUGUAUAAUAAUGUUUUAAACAAACUGUAUUGUAAAUGUAUUUGUUUCCUUAUCAGAUUCGUCGUCAAGCGAUCAAAGAACUGUCCCAGUUUGCUGCAGGAGAGAACCUACCUCGUGUAGCAGAUAUUUUGACUCAGUUACUGCAGUCAGGUAUGAUUUUAUUACCCACAAUAAGUAAAUUUUUUAACUGCUGAGUUAUAUUUUAAUUAAACAAGAGACUGUAUCGUAAAAAUUUAACUUUUGCUAGAAUGUCCUUGAAUUGUAUCUUUGCUGGUUAAAUCCAGCACAUCUUUUAAGAAUUCUGUCAGCAGCUUUACAUUUUUUUUUUUUCAUGAUUUGUUUUUUUGUUUUUUGUUUUUUAGAUGACUCGGCUGAAUUUAACCUAGUGAACAAUGCUUUGCUUACAAUUUUUAAAAUUGAUGCCAAAGGUAAGAGUAAUUACUUUUUUUUAUUUUAAUACAGACAGAUCUAAUGGGUUCUUUAACCCCUUAAGGACCAAACUUCUGGAAUAAAAGGGGUUAAAGGAACUCAGUAAAGUGAGGUAAUUUAACACUUUGCAGAAGUAUAACAUACUCUGUUCUAGCAGUAGUUCAAACUGUAUUCCUUUAAAAAAAUAUAUUGUAACUAUAACUGCUAUGCCCAAUGAGAUAAAAACGGCAACCAUAUCCACCCAUAAUAUACAGUGUUCUAGUUAUACUUAAGACAGCUGUGCACAAAUUAUCGUGGAGCUGUAGAUUCAAUCCCACAGUAGUAGCCAUUUUCUGCAUAUUAAAAAAAAAAAAAAAAUCUAUACAUUUACUAGCAGUGUUUGUAGUUCAGUACGUAGAACACAUCUGUGAACAUACCAAUAUAUAUAUAUUUUUCCCACUCUGUAGGUACAUUAGGUGGGUUGUUUACGCAGAUUCUCCAAGGAGAAGAUAUUGUUCGUGAGAGGGCCAUUAAAUUUCUCUCCACCAAGCUGAAGACUCUGCCAGAGGACAUCAUGACAAAGGAAGUAGAAGAAUAUGUAUUUAAUGAGUCCAAGAAGGUAGGAAUACAAAAAAGAUGCAUAUUCACAAGCAGGCGUAGAUGAAUGAUUUUUGUCAAUGGCUUGUCGGCUUAAGUAACAGUUUAUUUAAUUAAACAUUAUCGAUCUGCAGGUCCUGUAUGAUGUCACUGGAGAAGAAUUUGUGCUGUUCAUGAAGAUCCUCUCAUAUCUGAAAACCUUACAGACGGUUAGUGGAAGACAGCAGCUGGUAGAUCUGGUGUCUGAACAGGCCGGCCUGCAUCAAACUUUAAAUCCCGCCGACCCCGAUUCUGUAGACCGCAUGCUGCAGUGCAUGAGACAGGCUGUUCCCCUCUUUUCAGUAAGUUACACGUCUUUGUUUUAGUCUCCAUCAUAUGCUUUAAUCAAUAAUAAAAUGUUCAGAUUUCAAUAUUUGCUUCUUUUUUUUUUUUUUUUGUCUUAAAGAAAAAUGUCCAUUCGACUAAGUUUUUGACAUACUUCUGUGAGAAUGUCCUGCCUACCUUGAGCUCCUUGACCAGCCCCGCCGAAGGUAUUGAUGUUCAGCUUGAAGUAAGUGUUUUCUUACUAAUUUUUAAUUAUAUUGGUGAUCUGUGUUUCAGAGGAGUGGUGAAAAACAUAAUGGUCUGUGCUUAAAGGGGCUCUCCAUGCACAUUUGUAACAUUUUAGUGGUUAUGAUGCAAGGAGAUCUCCUGAUUCCCUACAGUCAUGCUUAGAACUGCAGUGAUUUGCUUCAAUCACUGCAGCUUUUAACAUGCCCCUUUGUUCAGCUAUACUUCCGCUACCUUUCAAAAUAUUGGAACAGCAUAGGCACACUAUACAAAUACACAGCUUCCUGGUUAGCAGAUCACAUCUGACAGUUUCACUCAUAAUGAAUGGGACUGUCAGCAAAGCAGGUAGCAGAUCCUAAUGGAUUAGGCAUCAAUCUCUUAUAGUCUCUCACAGUAUAUGAUCAGUGAAACUUUGGCAAGUGCUUAACUACUAAUUAAAUCCGGAGUAUGAGUAGUAAGUUAAAACUGAUUUGAAUACAAUGCGAACAUCCUAAUUUGAGAUGUAAAAACUGAAAAGCCAGUAAAUUCAAGAUCUUCGAAGUCUAGUCUUUUGUAUCAAUUAUAUGUUUGCAUAUUAGAAUUCAUUACCCAUAUAAUAAUAAAUAUGACUAAUUUUUGCUAUUUUGCGAUGUGCCACAUAUUCUGUGUAACAAUGUUUUGUAUAAAAUAAAUACUGGCUUUAACUUAAUGUACUGUUGUAUUUACAGGUCUUGAAACUGCUUGCUGAAAUGAGCUCGUACUGCGGGGAUAUGGACAAGCUUGAGUCAAAUGUGAACAAACUUUUUGAUAAAUUACUGGUGAGCAUUUUUCAUUUUUGCUUUCUUCUAUAAAAGUAAUCUCAUUUAAGGGUGUGUAAGAUUGUAAUUACGUCAAUGCGUAUUUGCAUAGUUAAACAGUAUUAACCUUUUUUUUCUUAUUGUGUUGAUAGGAAUAUAUGCCUCUUCCUCCCGAAGAAACAGAGAAUGGUGAGAAUACAGCUAAUGAAGAACCUAAGCUGCAGUUCAGUUACGUCGAGUGUCUUCUCUUCAGUUUCCACCAACUGGGGAGAAAGUUACCAGACUUUCUCAUAGCUAAAGUGAAUGCUGAGAAGUUAAAAGAUUUCAAAAUCAGGUAAGUUCUUUAUUCCUUUUUGUACACUACCUGUGAUAGUAUCACAUUGUUCUGGACCAAGGUUUUUAUGUCAAAUUCUGCAAACAAGCACAUUAACACAAUUUACUUCUUACAGGUUACAGUACUUUGCCCGAGGACUUCAAGUUUACAUUCGGCAACUGCGCCUCGCUUUGCAAGGCAAGUCAGGGGAAGCACUGAAAACAGAAGAGGUAAAAAUAUUCAUGCUGCAUUGUAUACCUUUGUGUUUGGGCCAAUAUAUAGUGACACAACUGUACUUUACAUUCUUUUGUUAAACUAAAAUAUGCCCAGCUUCACUACUCUUCAAGAUUGAUAGAGCAUCAUGGGAGUUGUAGUCCUAAAACAACAGAUAUGUUUUCAUUUCUGGUCUGCCUUGUUUAAUAGUAUCUUGCAUUGGCCAUCAGCUGUUGAGUUUGUUUUACAACCACCAAUGAAUCUGUAAAUGUUACAUUGCUGGAAUAAAAUAUACCUUAUAGCCGAUAUAUGGAUUAUUUACUUUGUUAGAGUGUGAAUUUCGACUGUAUAAUGUGAUUUUCUUAUUUUUCUUUCAGAACAAAAUUAAAGUAGUGGCUUUGAAAAUAACCAAUAACAUCAACGUUUUAAUUAAGGUAAUUAUUUCACGUCCCACGCACCCUCCCUCUUACCUGUAAAAUUUGUCUUAAUACUCCUACAGGGUUAUUCACUUAAAGUAGGAAUUGUCAGGAAUUCAAAGUGAAUUUCACAAUAAAGGCCGAAGUAGCCAAAUUUGAAGCAUAGCUGGUUUUAGAUAGUUUUUUCCAGUUUAACUCCUAAAGCCUUAAAUUUUAAAUUUACUUUGAAUUCCUGACUCAUUUUAGUGAGUAACCCUUGUAAUAAUUCUGCAGUUGCAAAACAACCUGUAUAUAUUUUGUGUGUGUGUGUGUGUGUUUCCGAUCUCAUUUCUUGACAAAUUAAAAACAUUAUUUAUUUUUUUUCCCAUUUCUUUAAAUUUUAGGAUUUGUUUCACAACCCUCCAUCCUACAAAAGCUCAGUGACAUUGUCCUGGAAACCAGUCCAGAAAGCAGAAACUGGGUGAGUUGAGAGCAUUUUUUGUGCAAUUCAGUUUUAGGAUAUUAUGAUAUAUAAUCAUAGUGUUUUAUAGCUAGUUGAAACUUGUUUACUAAAAAUCCAUAGGGGUACUUUUUCUAUAAGAGUAUGUAGAUAAUAUUCCUGCUUGAUCUUCUUAUACAGGCAAAAAAGAUCAGUCGAGGAGCCAGCGUCUACUUCACCUCCAAAGAAGUUACAAGUACAGGGGCCAAAGCGAGAUGCCAGACAGAUCUACAACCCACCCAGUGGAAAAUACAGUGGGACCCUUGGGAACGUUCCAUACGGUAAGUACAUAGAAUCGCAGUAAUGCCAGUGAUGAUGUAAACAUUUUGAUUUAUGAGUUAUUAAACUUUAAAAAUGUGCACAAAAUCACAAAUUCGUGUAACGUGAUAAGCCAAGCUCUGAUUUAUUACCUAAAAUAAGAGGGUCUUAUUUAAGACAGUAAUUUAUUUUGUGGAGCAUGCUUGCUAUUUUUAUUAUUGGGGUCAUUCACUUAACUGAAUUGUCGGUGAAUUAAACAUUUUGGGCCAAUAUACUUGAACUAGAAAAAUUCCAUUAUAUUUUCAGCUCAACUAUCAUAGCCUUUAAUUUAAAUCUCUUGGUCUAUUCUAAAGAAUACCCUCCCCCACAAAACCUUAAUUUUGGGCUUCUGAUUAAGUGAUUCUAUAUAUUGCUUCUGCGUAUUUUAUACAGUGUUAUCAGGAGGUACCUGUUAGGUAUGAAUUUUGUCAUUCCAGUCCCUAAUGAUCUCCCUCUUUUGCUCAAAACAUACAGCAUCUCAAUAUCUCUUGCUCCUAUGAAUAACUGCCCCAGCUUAAAGCAUGUUAUAGCGGCAUGUUGCAGCUCACUUCUUGGUUAUCCAGUUGCCAUGCAACCAUGAAUCCUGUUAUUAUGCAGGAUCAGCCAUGAUGUACAGCUAGGGCAUAUAAUUGGCAUUGAAGAUUCACUAAUUCUAGCUACCGGUUUUUCUGUCUGGUAGUUGUAAUCGGUUACAGUUCUAGCUGAUAGCGGAUGUCAGUCUGUGCUAAGUAGCAAUAUAACUCAUUGACUUUGCAGGGCAAUCUGUUCCCACUGAUCGCCUGGCACAUACACUGUCAGCCUAUGGGUAAGCAAAUUGGAGGCGUUCAGUAAAUAUUCAAAUGUCCAAUGACCAGAUACAAGUAAAAUCCCUAAAAUUCUUAGUUCUGAUGCUGUUCCAAUCUUGAAACGUCACCUGCUAUACAAGCAUGAGCAUCUGUCAAAUCGUGUUUAUUUCUGAUGUAGUUACAAUGUGCAUUGACCUAACCUUUAGGCCAGAACUAAUGUUUGUGUGUGUGUGUGCGCAUUUGUUGAAUUGCAUUACUGUUACUUUAAGAUCUGUGAGAUUAUUAAUUGAUUCUUUGUCACCACAGAACAACGAGGAAAUUUCCGUGGAGGUAGAGGAAGAGGAUGGGGUGGUGGCCGCUUCAACCGUAGCAGAGGGAGAAUCUAUUGAAGGAUGUGACAGGGGCAUCGACAAGGAAUUUUGAAUCUGCUGAAAUUUUCACUAAUUCAAAGGCUGGACUUGUACCAGUGACCUGACAAAUUGCCUUUGAUACAGACUUCAACAUGAAACACAUUCUUUAUACCUUUUAUGUACCUACUCUUUUUUUCUAUCCAGACAUUCUGCAACCUGGAAACCAGUCACCCUAUGGAUGUUGCACAUUCAGGAUUCUGAGCCACUUCCAUUUAAUUUAAUUAUAUUUUUUUUACGUGCAACAUUGGUUGUAUGCUGAAUGGUCCCUGUUAAUAUUACAAGCAGGAGCUAUAAAAGGUACUGUUACUAGAAGACCACCCUAGAUUUUUAGAGAAGCUAAUUUUGAAACUACAGAGAAAAGAAAAUAUUUCAGUCUGGAGACCACACGCCACCUUUACUGUGUUCUUAUUCAUGGCUAACAGAAUGCUAGGACUGAAAUGCUUUAUUACCAUAGUAACACCAUAUUGUAACUUUUGUUCACACAGUGACUGCAUGACAUAUGUUAUUUUUGGGCCUUCCAGCAACUUCCUUUUUGUGUUCAUGUAGUUUUGCAGGUGCAAAUUGUUACGUUUCUCUAUUCUGCAAUGUCAGAAUAACCUUUAUUGGCACUGGGGAAUUGCAGAAUUGAGUCCCAAAUGUUGGCAUCGAAGAAGCUUGCAAGAUUCCUUUUGGUUUGCUCAGGGGAAUCAAGCUGUGCUUGUUUGGUGACAUUUGCUUAUCAUUAACUAGAUUAACUUGCUUACUCGACUAUGUCUGUACACUUGCAUUUAGGAAAGCCCGCAGGUUUACAUUAGAAGAACUCGAAGGUAGCACUGGAAUGUUAAAGAACAUUAAAUCCAUUAUUUUUUUUUUCUUUUACUGUUUAGCCAUUGCUAAAAUAAUUUAUUUAAAGAUUGCUUUCCCAUAUUCUGUUUUAAUUUGAAUAAAUCCAUAUGGUAGUAUAUUUCCUAUAGUACGUGGUUUUUGUUUUGUUUUUUUUCCCUUCUAUGAGCCAGACAUAGAAAAUAAAAAGUAGCGAUCAAUGGCAAAUGGAUAGUGGCCAUUUGACACGAAACCCUAAUGUUUUGAACGAAUAGUAGAAUUUUAUUAAAGCUUUUGUAAUACAUAACUAUACAAUAGCUAGAAGCGUUUAUAUCGCUUACGAAGUAAACCAGUUAUGUCUAGUAUUUAUUAUCCAAUGCAACUUUUAAUGAGUGAUUUUCAAUGUAACAGUAAAUUUGCGAACUUGAAUUUUUAAAAAAUGUUCUUAGUCCCCUACAGUUACCAACUUAAAUUUGCGGAUUACUUCAUUCAUAUAAUUGAAUUUGUAUAUGAAAUAAGUUUGUAAUACACAUAAACCUACAGACACAGGAAUACUUUUUGGCAAAAGUAAAGUAGUUCCUCUUUCUUGAAGGCAACUAAAUAUAUGAUUGGGAUGCCUUUCCCACAAUUCUCCACUUGGUUUUUAGGGGUAAGUGUCCGCCGUACUUUAAAUCCGGAUUUGAUUCAGGUAGAGGAUUUAAGCAUGCUUUUUUUUUUUUCUCAUUUUUUAUUUGAUGUCUGAGUGAUUUACAUAUAUUCUUUCUGGUUGCUUGUACUUUGGUGUAUUGGUUUAUAGAUUUAAAAAAUGACACACUUGCUGAAUUGCUAGCAAAGAUGUAUGGUUUUCAAUAUAUACACUAAAGGGAGAAUUCAAAGUGAAUUUCAAAUUCAAGGUAUAACUAGCCACAAUGGAAACUUUCUCUAAGCCAGCUAUGCUGCAAAAUUUGGCUACUAUGGCCUUAAAUUUGAAAUUCACUUUAAAUUGUCACCUUUGUUUUUAAAACCUCUGACUGAAGAUACAGGGUAGUAAAGGCAACCAUUCGAGGACAGGAAUGGCUGCCUUGGUGGCAUCUUACAACUCCUGGAGUAAACCCAGCAUGCUAGGGACGAUGAAAUGCCUUGUGUGAUCUAAGAAAAGGGAUGCUGUGCUGGCAGCUGCAGACCAGGGUGUUGUAAUCCAUGAGGGUAAAAUUUCCUCCAUGUUUAGAUCUGUCGGUUUUCUAGCUGAUUGUAUAGACUAUAGCUAACCUGUUGGUGUACUCUUUAGCCAUACGUAGAAAGUAGUUUCUCAAUUCGCUACAUAUAAAUGUUCACAGACGUGGCUUUUAAAAAAAACACUUCACUUUGCACGUAAUAUAGCUGUAGAGUAAGAUUUAGUUUCACUCUAAAUUUUACACUUUGUUGCCAACUAAUUAGGACUUUCAGUUUUCACCAAUGCUGUUGAGGAAGUUGAUACUUUUUAGUCCACGACCUUGCGUUUUGGGCAGUGGAGAACCAUUGGUUAUCCCAAUUGUAUAAUCAUCCAAGUUACUACUUCUGUCCAGCUACCAUAAAAGAAAGCUUGCUGUAUUUUGCAGUGGUUUAUUGGAAGCUGCAGUCCAAAUAGUAUGUAGCCAUUGUGUUUUGUUUUUUUGGGGGUUUUUUAUGCAUUACGUUUCGUUGUUUACAUAUUUAGCAGUUUAUGCUUUUGAGGGUUGUAUGUCACAAUUACAAAGUCCAUUCCAAUAAAAUAAAUUUUGUGUCCUUUACCAGUAAUGUGUACAAAAUCUCUUUGUAUUGAACAAAUAUUAAACCUCGCAUGUGUUUGGGGGGGUUACAUUCCGUUCCCCCUCAACUAUUUUUGGCGCUAUAUUCUUGCAAGUCUACAGGAGGCCGCUAUAAACUUCAACUAGGAGUUUAUAAAAAUUACCUCUGCGCCCUCUACCAAAUUGAAAAAGGCAAUUAAAUGGACUGGGACAAGCUACGGGACUCAAGGACUUUAAUCUCUAAUUUUUGAUAAGUGACAAAAUUAUGGUGAAGUGCAACAACUAGUCAGUAGUAGGUUUCUUAUUGCAGUACUAAAAAUAUUGUAUGCAAUUCUAAUUAGAAAAAAAAUUGCAAUUCCAGAACAAAUUUCAACAAAACAAAAUGGAAAGAAUCUCAACCUGCUGCACUGUGGCCAGGGGCAUUACUGGUCUAUUAAAAUAAUACAUGGCAAAUAUAAUCCCUUUGGUUACCAUCUACGCUCAUAGGGUUUGGGGUAUGCAGAGUUCUGUAUGGGUUUGGAGUUGGCGAUCUUGGGAAGUGAAUGUUUUUUGUUUUUUUUUCUUUGGAUAUAUUUAUUUUCAGUUUUUACAAGCAGUCAACUUUAUAUUUUCUUUGAGGAAUAUGAUUUUAUUAUUUUUAAUGUUUGUAUUCAUCGUUGAUUGAGAUUGUUUGUUAAAAUGUUAAUACUUCAUUAAAAUCUGCACCCAAAGUAUUACAACUUUUUUUUUAAUUUUUUUUCUCUUGAAAUGUGUUGGCAUGUUUAGAUUCCAGAGUUUGUACUGGAAUGUAUGUUUGUAAGACUGAAUUUUAAUAAUUGUUCCAUUCUGAAACCUUGCUGUUUUUUUUUCUUUUUUUUUUUCUUUCUUUCUUGGUCUGUAACAGAUUCCAUGUUCUGGAAUAAAUUUGUUUUGUAAUGUGGAA